UUUAAUGUCAAUUGAUGCCAAUGCAAGUAUGGCGGACUUCAGCGACACGAACUCGCACGAGAUGACAGAGAAUCAUGUCGGCAAGCGGUGCAAUAAUCAGUGGGUGCGACUGAACGUGGGCGGGACGUAUUUCCUGACGGCGAAGACCACCCUGGCGAGGGACCCGAACUCGUUUCUGUAUCGGCUGUGCCAGGAGGACUCGGACCUUAUUUCGGACAGGGACGAGACGGGAGCGUACCUGAUAGACCGCGACCCCACGUACUUCAGUCCGGUCCUCAAUUACCUGCGCCACGGCAAGCUGGUCAUCAACAAGGAUCUGACGGAGGAGGGUGUGCUGGAGGAGGCGGAGUUUUAUAAUAUCACCGAGCUCAUACGGCUAGUCAAAGAAAGGAUUAUCCUGAGGGACACCCGGCCACAGAGGGACUCCAAGAAGCAUGUCUACAGGGUUCUCCAGUGUCACGAGGACGAGCUGACGCAGAUGGUGUCCACCAUGUCGGACGGCUGGAGAUUUGAACAGCUAAUCAACAUAGGUUCUCAAUAUAACUACGGUAAUGACGAUCACGCGGAAUUUUUAUGUGUGGUAAGCCGAGAAUACGGACCUAGUCAGCUCAGCAGUAAAGAAGAGGAAUCUACGGAUCGCGUCAAGGUUUUGCAGCAGAAGGGUUCACGCAUGUAAUGUCUAGAUCCGUCCUUGUUUUCCCUUGCCUCCCUUAGUUUGAUCAGCUGCGCUGCUACAAGAUGAAGACUGUUUUCGUUUUUACAUUUAAAGUAUUAUAUUAAAUUGUAAAAAAAACCCGUACUCUCUUUUUUCCAUUAUAUUCUCUCUCCGCCUCUAUUCCUAGAUAAUGUUAAUCUACAGGGACAUUACAGUGCAAAGGAUAAAGAAAAUUUUAUAGAUAUGUAUUUAUUACAUAGCGAGAUUGUACAUGAAGCUUUAAAGACCGAAAGUAACACGUUAUUAUUAAUUUAUUCCUCCUUUAUUAACAGUGCCCAAAAAGGUGAAAAGAAUAAUGUCGAUCUCACGAAUGGAAUAGUUUAAUAAUUUCAUACAGUUUAUACAGAUAAUCGCUAUACAGACACAAAGUAAAAAAAAACCUUCCUUUUUCUAUAAGCACAUUUGUCUGCUUUAAAAGCAGGUAUGUUAUAUAUAUAAAUAUAAAUAUAUAUAUAUAUAGAUAACAAUAGUUAUAUUUAUUAAUAAAUGACGUUGUUCCAUAAUGGCUGCAGUUAUAUUUUAGCUUUAUCGAAUACUUUUAAUGAAUGAAUGGCAUUUGUGGAGGCAAUCGGUUUCAUACAAAUUUUUAAUGAUAAACGGUAGUUUUUAUCUCCGGUAGUGAUACGUAGUAGAGAUUGCCAUUUUGUACUAAAUUGUACAAAAGUUCUUUUUCCUAUCCGUAUCCUUAUCGUAAGAUGUCUAAAUUACUUACCUUCGCACUGCCGCUAUAAAACAUAAAAUGAUAUUUGUAUACCUAACGUGAUAAUUUUGAAAACCCAGGAGACGCGCGUACUAAAUAACUAAUGAAUAUGUAAAGCUGAAUUUAUACAUAUAUUGUUAAUACGGGAAAGGAAUUUUUUUCUAAACGAAGCAAUUGUAUUACUACUUAUUAAGGAUACAGAUCUGAGAUACAUAAGAGAAGUAAGGGUUUAAAUUCUCGAAAAAUUUGCAAGAGACAUUUUAGAGAACGAGACAAGCGUGCACAAUUUAAAAGCGUAUCGUCGCAUAUCUCACGCGCAAUGUGAAAGUUUAAGAAAAGACGCGGAAUAAUACGAUUACAUUAUCGCGAAUCAGUGAGAUAUGUAUUAUUGGGGGGGAAAAAAAAAUUGAAUUACACUUUCUUUUCGCGAAUUAUCUGCAAUUGCAAUAUGAUCCCCUACAUCCGUGGUGAUAAGUGUUACUUGCAACAGAUGUAGGUUUUCAAUUGUCGGCCUAUUAAAAGGGGAGAAAAAAAGAGAGAAGAGUGUCCUAGACAAUAUAUGUAAAAUGUUAAAUGGAAGCAUAUGUAAUAUUGGCUUGUUAUAGACGCCAUUAGGACUAUUGUACACAUGCGUAAUUAUUAAUCUCACGAUAUUUACACGAUAUUUUUCUUUGUCAAGAGAACACGGUUCAACAAUACAAAUAAUCAAUUGCGUUUUGCGCCAUUAGUGUUUGCUAUUUCGACACAGCCAAGAGAGACACUCGUCAUCGAAAGGAAUCUAUACAUAUACAUUAUAAAUUAUAACUUGUAACUAUAUCGAGUAUAUCGGAUAUUUACGCAAGCAGUAAGGAAUAUGCGAACAUGAUGUACAAUUUCGGCUGGCAACAAUUCAUUUUUGGUACUGCGAAAUUUGAGAAAACUUUAGGACCAAUAUUGUUAAUCCCACGUGCUAUGUACAGUGUUGUUGUAGGCUAAUAUAAGACAUUAUUUUCUAGCUCAAGCCCUCAUGUAUACUAUUCAUUAAUUUAGUCGGCGUUAACGUUCAUUACUGUCAUAUUACACACGCGGAGAUACACGUCCUCCUCUUUACUCGUGUAAAAUUUGUACUUUCAUAGGUAGGGAUUUUUAACGAUAGAUAAACUUAUUCGGUGUUUGGCGUUAAGAGACGAGGUAGCGUUUAUAUUUAUUGAAGACUAAAGUUACAAAUGUUAGAGAAGAUAUAUCGAGGUAGGCGACGUAAAGAAGGUUGUCGUGUAUGGAAGUAUUUACACCAUUUGCACGUACGGCUAUUACUUUACAUGAAUUUCAUUUUUCAUCGAGUUUCAUCAAUUCGGAAAUUUGCCGCUGUAAGAUAUACGUCAAGUAAUUACGACAGAAGUGCGCUUCUAAAUGAUUUUGCAUUGCUUUUACCGCAUCUCGACUGGCGUCUCGGGCUUCUGAAACAAGCUGCGCUGACUUGUUUGCAGAAACCAAGGAUGUAUAUUAAACUGCGAGAAGAGAUAUAUAUGUAUUCCCCGAGUGCUGAAGAUAUUUUAGUGGUAUAGAUCCCGCAUGUGUGUACAUACAAACAUCUCCGUCGCGUCAUUGUAUGUACACGGAUGUGCAACGCGAAAACGUAAUCAAAAUUUAUUUAACGGUUUAACGUGUAAGUACUCUGGUACAAUAAAGGUAUAGAAUUUUAGAAACUUUCUAUGCAAUAACUCUUUAUCUCUAGUAGUGCAAUUCGCGGUAAGUGACGAACGGGAACGUAGAUAUUUAACGCUGUUGAUUUUUUUUUCGCCAGUCUGCAGUCGCGCAGUCGUAGUCUCUUAUGUCCCGACGAAUUAUGAAUUUGAGGCGAAUUUGAACUUUUAUGCGUUGAAUAAUAGCGAUUCACACAUGCGGCAACUACUGACAUUACAUUACCGAUAGGGGUGAGCUUACAUUAAGUAGUCCUUAUGAUCAUAGUGUGUGAUUUGUAAAGUGAGAUAAAAUGCAAAUUGUUUGUAUUAACUGUAACUUAUAUGAAAUAAAAGAUUUAUUAUAUACAUUAAA